GGAGAGAGGGCGGUAGAGGAGGGGGGAGUGGGAGGGAGGGAGGUAGAGGAGGGGGGAGAGGGAGAGAGAUUAUAAUUACAAUGAUGAUCCUGACUACCUUGACAUGUUUCAGGGGUUGUUAUUUGCUCUGUGGGACCAGAGAACUUGAUCAUUAGUUGUGUGUGUGUCACAACACUCCCAUAUAAGUAGGUGUUUUUAUUCCUCAGGGAAAAAGAAGUCCUUAGUUGUGGUAUGAAGUCCAGUGUGCUGUGUGACGUGGGUGUAGAGCUGGGAGGUCCAGGUGACAUCUUCACUUAUACUUCCUCACCUACUAUCCUCUGGCUGUAAAUGGCCUUACUCAUUUUAUUCCUUGUUUGCUUGUUCUGAAGCACAUUUGCUCUAUGAAAAUUAUGUAAUACUGAAAUGUUUUGUUUACUGUGAAGAUUACAUAAACGGUUACCUUCCUUACUCAACACACACCUCACCCAACACACACCUCACCCAACACACACCCCUCCUCACCCAACACGCACCCCUCCUCACCCAACACACAGGUGUCCAUCCUCUAUGGGCCGGCAGGGUUCAAUGUUGUUUUUCAGUUCAAGGAUUUUCCUCACAUCUGACAAGCUUUAACCCUUACUGGCCAGGAAGGGUCCAAUUAAUCUUUUCUGUGGAUUUGUCUUUUAAAUCAAAAUGAAUUAUAGCUCAUUUGUGUAUAUUACCUGUUGAUAUAUUUUAGUUUGGUGAUACUUUGAGAGUUUGUAUGUGUGUUCCUGUGUUUGAAUGCCUUACAGAAUAAAGCUGCUGGAUUCAAAUGUACAGGACAUCACUUUUCUGUUUAUGCAAGCUGAACUGGGGCUGAACUCUUCACCUCACUAGACUGACAUUAUGGCGUUCUGCCUGAUGUGUGGACAAUCUAAUUGAUUUCUUUCAAAUAGAUAAAAUAGUUAUUUAAUAAUACUAGACUCCUUUCAAGUCAAGCACAUUCUUGGUAAGUCAACAGUGAACUGUUGCUGUAGGGUUACCCCUAGUGGUAUGAACCUGUAAAAGGAACACAACCUGCUGACACGUGGACAUUACCAAAGCAAUUCAUUUAUGAAGAAAAAUGUAAAUGCGGGCCUUAACAUUACAUUUCUAUCUUGUGUUUAAUUCACUAUGCAAAUGUGUCCUUUGGAUAGAAGUUAUCCACAUACCGCCUGCAGCCACCAGAGGCUGGUACUCAUAGGUACGGUCUCCGUGACGUCACUCAUCCGCGGCAGAGAACGAGAACACAAGCGCAGCAGCGGUGAGCGGCUGCGAAGGAUGCCGACCCCGCCGCGGGGACAACCGCCAGGCGAGAUGGUCCCCCUUUGCUGUUUCCACGCCGUGUCUACCUCCACAACACCCCAGAACUCAUGAAGCCCCCGUUGAUGAAGCCAAAACGGGCCAAAGAAAGGCGGAAAGAGGCCAAGGACAGAGAGGAUGUUCUGGCGCGUCGGGUUUGCCUGGACGCGGCCGUGUGUGGUUGAUCUCGGCCAGAACCAGAGUUUCUCAUUCGGUCUUUGCGGCUCCGAUGAGAACGUCUCGUUCUACGGGUACAUCGUCGCCUAUCCAUUGCAGGACUACGGCGGGAUCAUGUCAGCUUUGGGCUCGGACUCGUGGUGGCGGAAAACGCUGUAUAUAACUGGGGGCGCUCUGCUCGCUGCUGCUGCCUAUCUACUGCACGAGCUGCUAGCCAUCAGGAAGGAGCAGGAGCUGGACUCUAAGGAUGCCAUCAUCCUGCACCAGUUCUCCCGGCCCCAGACUGGCGCCCCCUCUCUCUCGCCCGCCUGCCUCAAGAUGGAGACCUACCUGCGCAUAGUCGACCUGCCCUAUCAGAACUACUUUGAUGGGAAGCUGUCCCCACAGGGUAAAAUGCCCUGGAUAGAGUACAACAGGCAGCAGGUUUGUGGGACAGAGUUCAUCAUCGACUUCCUGGAGGCCAAGCUGGGUGUGAGCCUUAACAGCAGGCUGAGCCCCCAGGAGAGGGCGCUGUCGCGUGCCAUCAUCAAGAUGGUUGAGGAGCACUUCUACUGGACCAUGGCUUACUGCCAGUGGGUGGACCGUCUGGAAGACACCCAGAGGCUGCUAGCGCUGAGCGGCCCACUGAGCGACUCCCUUCGCUGGAUCUUCGCUCACCUGACCAGCGGUAUCGUCAGGAGAGAGAUGUACGGACACGGGAUUGGUCGCUUCUCCAAAGAGGAAGUGUACGCUCUGAUGGAAAAGGACAUGCGUACGCUGGCGACCCUGCUAGGUGACAAGAGGUACCUGAUGGGCUCCCAGCUGACCACGGUCGAUGCUGCAGUGUUCAGCCAUCUGGCCCCUGCUAUGUGGACGCUGCCCGGCUCACGACCAGAGCAGCUCAUCAAAGGUGAGCUGAUCAACCUGGCCAUGUACUGUGAGAGGAUUCGCCGGCGCUUCUGGCCUGAGUGGUUUGUGGACCUGGAGGACUUCUGCUACGGCGACAGCAGCGAGGACAGCGGGCAGCCAGACCUGGGACUCUACUCUCACACAGACACCUUCCAGGAGACCCCACACACACACACUCCGGCUGAGCCCUUGUCCCCACACACACACAAACACACUCCGGUUGAGCCCCUCUCCCCGGACAGUGACCGGACAGGCCAGUCGCUCUACGACUCUGACAUGGACACGGAGUGUUCUGAGAUAGAACAGUUCAAGUGUUGAUGUUGCUCGGCAACACACACAUCUUUCUCUGUAGAUGCCCCUGGGGAGGACACCGCCCCCUACCCUUGGGGAGGACUGGGGAGUUUCAGCACCAGGAACUCUUUGCUGCCUGUGUGACUCGAGACGUUGACUGGAGAUUUUGCACAAUAAAGUAGAGGAAGUAAGAGAUAGCUCAAGAGAAGGAGGGAUAGAGUGAGAGGAGGGAUUAAGGAGAGAUGGAAGGAUGGAGAGAUGAAGGA